UUGUGUGUUUGUUUAGUUACCAGGAUGGCUGAUAUGGAAAUGGACACACCAAGGAGCAAGGGGAAAGAAGAUGAAAGCACAGAGACAAGGAAGGAACGGGAGAAAAAGAAACGCUCUCGGGUAAAACAACUGCUGGCUGACAUUGCCAAGCAGGUGGACUUCUGGUUUGGUGAUGUUAACCUUCACAAGGAUCGCUUCCUGCGGGAGCAGAUUGAGAAAUCCAGAGAUGGCUUUAUUGAUAUUUCUCUACUGGCCUCAUUUAAUAAGAUGAAGAAACUGACUACAGAUACUAAACUUAUUGCCAGAGCUGUCAAGAAUUCUUUAGUUGUGGAGAUGAAUUUAGAAAAUACAAAAAUCAGGAGAAGGCUUCCACUUGGGGACAAACCUGAGGAUGUGGAUGACCGUACUGUAUAUGCAGAACUACUUCCCAAGAAUGUUACCCACAGCUGGAUUGAUCGUGUUUUUGGUAAAUGUGGAACGGUUGUCUAUAUCAGCAUUCCCAGAUACAAAUCCACAGGUGACCCAAAAGGAUUUGCAUUUAUUGAGUUUGAGAAUCAAGUACAGGCUGCUAAAGCCAUUGAGCACCUGAAUAAUCCUCCAGAGGAAGCACCAAGGAAAGCUGGGAUUUUCCCCAGGACUGUAAAGAACAAGUACGUUCCGGAGUUAAGAGUCUCUGAAUCACGGGAGCUUGAAGAGAAAAAGAAGAAGAAAAAGAAAAAGUCAAAGAGUAGAAAAGAGAAUGAGGAAAAAGCAGAAGAGGAAAAUGAUGCACCUUCAAAGGAGGAAAAACCUAGGAGACAUCGCAGUGUGUCAGAGAGUUCAAUGGCUGAAUCAUCAGAUACCAACAAACAGUCUUCAAGAAGGGAAAAGAGGAAGAGAGACAGAGCAGAGAGCUCUGACCAGUCUGAUGAGGUUAGAUCAUCCAAGAGAAAACAUACAGAAAGCAGCUCAGAAGAGCACGACUCCUCCUCAUCAAAGCAAAGGAAAAUGCAUUCUGAAUCUGUAGAUUCAAAGUCCUCAAGAGACCUUCUGGACUGUAAAGAGGUUUCUACAGAAGAAGAAAAAGACACAAGUGACAAGAAAGACACAUCUACUGUGAAAGUAAAAAGGAAAAGAAAAAAGAAGCACAAGGAGAGACACAGAGUUGGGGAGGAAGUGAUUCCACUCAGAGUCCUGUCAAAGAAGGAAUGGUUGGACCUCAAGACUGAAUACUUGUCACUUCAGAGAGCCAGCAUGGCAUCCCUCAAGAAGUCGUUAAAUGAAAUAAGCCGUUCUACAGGAGAGAUGGAAACUGAGCCAACUGGAGAAAACCUUGACAGUAAAGCAAAUAGUGCAAAGAAUGAAAAUCUAGGACCCCAGUUUGUUUGUGGUGUUAUUGUGAAGAUCACCUGCUCAGAUCCUUUGCCAAUUCGUAAAUACAUUAAGGAGAUAUUAUCUGCAGUGUCUGAAGUAGUAUAUGUAGAUAUGCUGGAGGGGGAUACAGAGUGUCAUGCUCGCUGUAAGACUCCUGAAGAUGCUCAAGCUGUUCUGAAAGCACGCUCUGAGCUGCAGAGCAAGCACAACUGGAAGCUUCAAAUCCUCACGGGAGACAAUGAGCAGCGAUAUUGGCAGAAGAUCUUAGUGGACAGGCAGGCAAAACUGAACAGACCUCGUGAAAAGAAGCGGGGGACUGAAAAGUUGGUUGCAAAGGCUGAGAAAAUCCGCCUUGUUAAAACCCAGGAGGCUUGCAAACACAUCAGAUUCUGUGAUGAACCCUGA